AUGUUCCCCGCCCUCUUCACCACCCUCGCCCUCGUCGCCUCGGCCGCCGCCGCGCCCCUCGUCGACCCCGCCCAGCCCGGCGUCGUCGCUCGCGAGGACGACUACUUCCAGGUCAACUACUACUCUGACGGCUCGUGCCAGAACUACAUUGGCGACUUUGCCGGCCAGCUCACCGGCCCCCACAACUACGACGGCAACUUUGGCGGCACCUUCGCCGGCUCGUUCAUCGUCGUCAACGUCGGCAAGUGGGCGCAGACGCUCGACAUCAACGGCCAGACGGUGUUCGACAUCUCGUCGUGCCCCAGCGACCACCCGCCCCAGGCCAACCAGGUCUCGACCUGCUUCCCCCUCAACAUGAACGUCGGCUCGGAGAGCAUCUACUUCGGUAUUUGCGAGCUCUUCUGCGCCGAGUGCUUCGCCCCCGCGUAA